AAAGGGACUAUAAAUCCUGAGGCCUUCAUGAAUGUUAGCCAAAUCAUCCAUCACAAAGGGUACCCCAGUGAGGAAUACGAGGUCCUGACACAGGAUGGCUACUAUGUCACACUGAACAGAAUUCCUCAUGGCAGACUAGAUCCUAGGAGGAAAGGGGCCAGGCCAGCUGUGUUCCUGCAGCAUGGGUUCCUGGGAGAAGGCAGCUACUGGGUGGAAAACUUGGCCCACAACAGCCUUGGCUUCAUCCUGGCAGACUCUGGCUACGACGUCUGGCUGGCAAACAGCAGGGGAAGCAGCUGGUCCCGCAGGCACCAGCACUUCUCAGCAGACCAGCUGGAAUUCUGGGAUUUCAGCUUUCAUGAGAUGGCAAUGUAUGACCUGCCAGCCAUGAUCAACUUUGUGCUGCAGAAGACUGGGCAGAAGCAGAUUUAUUACAUUGGUCACUCCCAGGGCUGCACCAUUGCCUUCAUUUCCUUCUCCUCCCUGCCUGAGCUGGCUCAGAACAUCAAGAUCUUUUUUGCCCUGGCUCCAGUAGUGACACUCAGCCACACCAAAGUUCCCAUCCUGAAGUUCUCCUUCCUUCUGGACAAGCAAUUCAAGGUGUUGAAGCUGCUGCUUGGCAAGACAGAGGCCUCGCUGAGGGUGAGGAAGCUGUGGAGGUUUGUGCCCAGGCUCUGUGGGCACCCUGUGCUGCACAAGCCCUGUGCCAACCUCUUCUUCCAGCUGGGUGGCUACAAUAAGAAGAACCUCAACAUGACACGCCUGGAUGUGUACACAUCCCACUUCCCAGACAGGACCUCUGUCAAAAACGUCAUACACUGGGCCCAGGUGAGGAAAUCAGGAGCACUCCAGGCUUUCGACUACGGCACUGCAAACCGAGCCAGGUACCACCAGGACACACCUCCGCCCUACCGGCUGGAGGAGAUGCCUGUGCCCACCGCCGUGUGGUCAGGGGGCCAGGACUGGAUGGCUGACCCGAACGACAUGCAGUUGCUGCUGCCCCGCAUCCCCCAGCUGCUCACCCACGGGUACAUCCCAGACUGGAACCACUGGGACUUCGUCUGGGGCUUGGAUGCCCCCAGGCGCCUCUACAGCACCAUCCUGGAGAUGCUGGAGGGGUCUGGGUAG